AAAAUGAUUGGCCAUAUACAUGACGUGUGAUUUAGCAUGUAAGCAGGCAAUAUUAUUGUACUAUCUAGUAAUAUCAAAGUGCAAUAUUAUACUAUCUUAAUGUUGUGAUUACUGUGUAAAAAUAAAAAUUAGUAAAAUACUUGUUAAAGUUUCAAAUUACAGGUAGUGAAAUAAAACAACUUUUGUAUCACGUAAAGUAUAUCGAACGCAUUUUAUAAAUAUGGCGGAUCAGUGCGUGGAUGCCGAUGAGGGAGAAUGCCCUCCAGCGAAAAAAAUUAAAAUAGAAAUCGAAAAUACCGCCAAAAAUGAUGAUAGCUUGCAUGAAGCCGAAAUAAAUUUAUCUACUUUUGAAAUGAAAAGGAUAUUACAAAAUAAUAAUACAAGAAAACAAAUUUAUAUUGAAGGUACUUUUAAAGGUAGCGAAAGUCCCGCUAUUCUUUCAUUAGAAAAGACAACUUUUCCGACGGACGAACUUUUUUUGAAACAAGGAUUCUUUAAUAAAGACACAACUAUUCAAAAAGUUUUUAGUAAUCACAUUUAUGGAAAUUAUAGGUGUUUUCCAAUAAAAGAAUAUAAUGGUUUAAAUGUAUUGUUAAUACAUCCUGCUACACCAAAACACAUUGAGAAAUUCAAAAAAAAGGAAUUACAUAUCGUAAAUGAGACAUAUGAAUUAUAUGAAAAAAUUACUUUACCUCAUAUUACAUCACAACAAUUUUCUUUAGAGUGGAUAGAUAAUAUUUUGGCCCAUAAAGCUGAACAAAAUAAAAUUGUAUAUGAAGAUACAAAUAAAGAAACAGGUUUUGUAAUGGUACCAGACUUGAAGUGGGAUGGACAACCACAAACACUUAAACUUUUAGCUCUUCCAUUCCAAAAAGUUAGAUCUAUGAGAGAAUUAAAUGCAUCUCAUCUUCCGCUAUUGAGAAAUAUACGAGAUGCUGGAAUAGCAUGUAUAUCUGAAAAAUACAAUAUACCUGCGUCCCAACUUAGGAUAUAUCUUCAUUAUCAACCAUCAUAUUAUUAUUUACAUGUCCAUUUUUCUUAUCUCAUGUUUGAAACUCCAGGAGUACAUGUUGACAGGGCACAUCUUUUAUCCACUGUUAUAAAUAACCUAGAAUUAAUGCCAGACUACUACACAAAGUGUAUACUCUCGUUUUUGGUAUUUGAAGGAGAUUUAUUAUGCGCUAAAUUUCGGGAACAUGGAAUUGUGGGAAAAAAGAAAUCUGAAUCUGAAGAAACAUAAGUAAGAUCUGUAAAAUAAAAGUAUUUUAUGACAAGCAUUAUAUAUAUAUAUAUAUAAUAUUAUAACAAAAAAUAAAAUAUAUGGAUUAUUAAAAAAUGUAAAAUUACUUUCCUUAUAUUUUGUAAUGUAACAUUAGGCAAAUAAAUGAUAUUUAAUGGAAGCAUUAUAUCUCUAUAUUUUAUAAACUAUAAAUUGUAGUUUAUUAGUUUAAUAAAUUGUAGUUUAUUUAUUCUAAAAUAUUUCAAGUUUUACAUAAAAGUGAAAAAGAAAUUAUAUACUUUGUAUUUAUCAAUAUUUGCUUCAUAUAUCAUACAUCUCUCAUUAGCUGAUAUUUCAACAUAAAGAAGAACAAUUCAAUGAUAUAUUACUGAAUAAUUUUUCUUAUUCAUUUUUCACUAAUAUGGAAUCCAAUUAUCACAGAAAAAAAGACUCAAAUUGAGAUGUAUUAUACAAUAUUUUUACAUAAAUGAUACAAAGUAAUAGUUCUAUUUAUACUAUAUAGAAAUGCAGUAAGAAGAGCAUACUUAAAAAAUAGAACACUAAAAAAUAUGAAAAAUUAUAAUUAAUUAUUUUUAUGUUUUAUUAUAUAUUUAAUUUAUAUAAUCUAAAUCAAUAGAAAAAUAAAAAAACAAAUUUAGUUAUAAUUAUAACAAAUAAUAAGAUAUGGACAAUAUUUACUGAAUAUUAUUAUAAAAUCAUAAUCUUCUUUCUAAACAAACGAUGCUAAAAUAUUUAGUUUUUUAUGAUAUUUGGCAAGAUUAAACAAAUUAUGUGAUAAGAAUUAAUAUAAUAAUUGAAAUUAGAAAAUUUCAUUCAUUAAUUUUGGAUAAUUAAAUUUAAUAUAUAAAAGAUAGUUUUAUAUUUGUUAAUUUUAUAUUUCUCAGAGAAUUUUUUUUAUGACAUAAUAAAAUUAGUGGCUCUUCAUAUUCGAUAUAAAUGCUCGUCAUUUUGUAUGACUAUAUGAUUUAACAGUUUUGAGAGUAACAUGGAAACUUUUCAUACCUUUACUUUGCAUAGUUACAUGUACGUAUGCAUAUUAGGUUUAUUAGUAUCCGAAAAAAAUUAUGUUACUUUAAGAUAAACAUACUUUAGAUUAAUCCAGCACUGAUGCUGCAUAAAUCAUGUAUGAUACCAUGUUAUAAUUUUUAUUUUAAUAAAUAUUCCUAUUAAACAGAUAA